UAUCCGAGAGUCGACUUUCGCCGUUGCAGAACGCCAGAAGAAACGUUGUUUGAAAGACUCAAACUCCCACAAUUCCACGCGGCGGCGUCGCUUUGACGAAUGCGCGCGGCGUGCCUGCUGCCGGCUGAGUCGUGGUGUGACUGACUGUCAUGGCGGCGACUUACGAGGAGAUCUUGAGGAGCGAGUUUCCUGACAUCGACUCGGAGUUGUUCGACUACAUCACAGGGGUGUUGGAUGGCUGCGGGGCCGACUUUGAAGAUGGCGAGGAAGUCUUUGAGGCGGUGGGCGGCGUCCUGCGGGAGGUGUCGGCCGACUCCAAGAAUGAGGACGACGUCCGAGGCAUCUGCCUGCGGAUGUUCAACACGCUGCGGCUGAGCGGCUGUCCCGUCUCGCAGCGUCAAGUGUUGCUGGACGCGCCGGUGCAGCUGUCCCAGAUGUCGCCGGACACGACCUUAGCCAACGAGGACAUCCGGGGCAUCUGGAUGAUGAAGCGUCCUCAGAACACGAUGGUGGACACCAAGAAGCUGGAGAAGGCAGAGGCCAAGCUGAAAGCCAAACACGAGCGACGCAACGAGAAGGACUCGCAAAAGACGACCGCUCCGCUUGUCCUGGAGGAGGCGUCGGCCAGCCAGGCCAGCAGCAAGAAAGAAGGACGAGUGGACCCGGCGGGAAAGAACCGCAGCUACGACAUCCGCAUCGAGAACUUUGACGUGUCCUUCGGUGAGAGGUGUCUCCUUCAGGGCGCCGAGCUGGCGCUGGCGGCGGGCCGGCGCUACGGCCUGAUCGGCCGCAACGGGUUGGGCAAGACCACCCUGCUGAAGAUGCUGGCCAGCCGCAGCCUGCGCGUCCCCCCUCACAUCUCCAUCCUCCACGUGGAGCAGGAAGUGGCGGGCGACCAGACCAUGGCGCUGCAGAGCGUCCUGGAGAGCGACGCGCUGAGGGAGGGCCUGCUCCGAGAGGAGCGACUCCUCAACGCGCGCGUGGCCAACGGAGUAGCCGAGGGGGCGGAGAGUGUGCGCCUGUCCGAAAUUUACUCCAAACUGGAGGAGAUUGAAGCCGACAAAGCCCCCGCACGAGCCUCCAUCAUCUUGGCCGGUCUGGGAUUUUCUCCCAAGAUGCAGCAGCAGCCCACCCAAGAGUUUUCAGGAGGCUGGAGGAUGAGGUUGGCGUUGGCAAGAGCUCUCUUUGCUCGGCCCGACCUGCUGCUACUCGACGAGCCCACCAACAUGUUGGACGUCAGCGCCAUCCUGUGGCUGGAGAAUUACCUGCAGACGUGGCAGUCCACCAUCUUGGUGGUGUCCCACGACCGCAACUUUCUCAACGCGGUGGUGACGGACAUCGUCCACCUGCACUCGCGCAGGCUGGACACUUACCGCGGCGACUACGAGAACUUUGUCAAGACCAAAGAAGAUCGGCUCAAGAACCAACAGCGAGAGUACGAGGCGCAGCUGCAGUACAGGCAACAUAUCCAGGUGUUUAUUGACAGGUUUCGCUACAACGCCAACCGAGCGGCUCAAGUGCAGAGCAAACUCAAAGUGCUGGAAAGAUUGCCCGAACUGAAGCCCAUCGAAAAAGAAGUCGAGGUCACGCUGAGGUUCCCGGACAAUUUUGAGAAGUUGUCUCCUCCCAUCCUGCAGUUAGACGAGGUGGAGUUCUACUACACACCCGACCAGCGCCUCUUCUCCGGACUCAACCUGUGUGCUGACCUGGAGUCUCGCGUCUGCAUCGUGGGCCAGAACGGCGCCGGGAAAAGUACGGUCCUCAAGCUCCUGAUGGGGGAGCUGACUCCCGUCAGCGGAAUCCGCCAAGCUCACAGGAAUCUGAAGAUCGGCUACUUCAGUCAGCACCACGUGGACCAGCUGGACCUGAACGUUUGCUCCGUGGAGUUGCUACUCAACAAGUUUCCCGGUCGGACGGAAGAGGAGUACCGCCACCAGCUGGGAGGUUACGGUAUCACGGGAGAGCUGGCCACCAGACCAGUUGCCAGCCUUUCCGGAGGGCAGAAGAGUCGGGUGGCCUUCGCCCAGAUGACCAUGUCCUGUCCCAACUUCUACAUUCUGGACGAGCCCACCAACCACCUGGACAUGGAGACCAUCGAGGCACUCGCCAACGCGCUCAACAAAUUCAAAGGCGGCGUGAUCCUGGUGUCUCACGACGAGCGUCUGAUCCGUCUGGUGUGCCAAGAGCUGUGGGUGUGCGACGGCGGCAAAGUGUGUCGGCUGGACGGCGGCUUCGACCAGUACCGCGACGCCUUGCACGAGCAGUUCAAGAAGGAGGGCUACCUGUGAGGCAGGCGCCCACGGGACUACCCCUAAUUCCUGUUGUCUUCUUUUUAGCGCGCAGAUGUUCUAUUUACUAAGAAAAUAAACGUCACACACCACA